UUCCGGUUCCGGGGCACGCGUGGCGGCGGCGGCGAGCCGACGUGUGACAUGGCGAAUCACCUGCGCUUCAUCGGCCGCACCGUCAUGGUGCAGAACGGCAACGUGGAGGCGGCCUACGGGGCGCUGAACAGGAUCCUCCUGCACGACGGCAUCAUCGACGACGUCAAGCAGAGGCGGUACUACGAGAAGCCGUGCCGGCGGAGGCGGCGGCUGGCCUACGAGGCGUGCCGGCGCGUCUACAACGCCGAGAUGGCCCGGAAACUCGCUUUUCUCUCGCGGAAGAACCGCCAGGACCCCUGGCUCGGCUGCUAGCCGGCGCGGAGCCCGCCAGCGCGGAGCCGAGCGCCUCCCCGUGCCGAGGACGGGCCCGCGUCGCCGCUGUCGCCUCCCUCUCCGUUAAUAAAAGAUGCAUCUCGG